UCCCAGAGCCUCACAGGAACCUCCCUGCACACUCAGGACACAGAGAGACGGCUGCAAGCCAAAUCAUAAUUAGUCUUCCUCUGAGUGAGGCCUCCACUUGCCAAAUCUCUCUGUUCUCCAACACUGACAUGGAGCUUUUCAGUGUGCAUAAAACCUUUCAGCACACUCACCCGGGGGAGGAGAAGCAGCAGAUGCUGAACCUGAACCGACGCCUGGAGACCUACAUGAGCCGGGUCAAACACCUGGAGGAAGAAAAUGCGCUGCUUGCAGAAGAGAUCCAAGAUAUGCGCCGCAGUGAUCAGGGGGCUUUGAGUAGACGGAGGGGCCUGGAGGAAGAGCUGCAUCGUGGGAGGCUGGAGGUGGAUGCAGUCUGGAGGGACAGGGUCUACACAGAGCUGGAGGUGGGUAAGCUGGUCGAGCAGCUCCAUGAUCUGGACCUGCAGAGGCAGAGCGAGGCUCAGGCCCAGCUGGAGGCCAAGACGAAGCUGGAGAGGUGCAGGAAGGAGCUUGAGGAGGAGCAGAGGGCCCAGAUCUGGCUGAGGGAGCAGGUCAGUCAGCUUGAGAAUGAGAUGAAGCAUCUAAUUCAAACCCAUGAGCAGGAUGUGGCCCACUUAGAAGCCACAUUAACCCUCUCCAGAUCCACAAUGCCAGCCAUGUUGGCUCAAAGAAGCAACCAGACCCAGAACCUCCUCGAGCUGGGACACGAGUACUCCCAGAGGGCCACAUGGGCACGGCAGGAGGCAGCAGAGGCCUAUCAGGGGCAGCUAGCUCAACUAGAAGGGUCCCUUAACCAGGCCAGGAGCCGUUUGACCCGAGUGGAUCAGGAGAAGCGCGAGAGCCAGCUGAAGCUCCAAGCGCUGGAGAAGGAGCUGGCUUUAGCUCAGGACGUCAGGGAGCAUCUGGAGAAGACCGCCACCCAUCAGGGACAGAGACACAGCCAGGAGAUCCAAGAGCUCCAGGAGCACCUGGAGGGCCUGGAGGCGGAGAGAGAGCAGCUGGGCGAGCAGAUUGAGCAAAUCCUCGUGGAGAACCGAGGCCUGCUGCAGGCCAAGAUGUCCCUGGGGCUGGAGGUGGUCACGUACAGAGCUUUGCUGGAUCAUGAAAGCUUCACAGGAAAAAUCCCCCAAAGACACAUUUCCAUCACAGAUGCAGCUUUCAGUCCUCGUGGGGUUACAAAGAAUCACCGGACACAGCUCUCUGCGAGCCACAAAAUCACCUCCCCCUCGUCUGUCCCAGCGACGACACCAAUCUGGAGCAGGAAACCUGUUUCCCUCGCUGCAGCUCCAAACAUUUCAAUGAAAUCCUCUUUCAAUGUCAACACAAAAGCAGCAACCUCGGAGAGCCUUUAUCCAAAAAUACUGCAGGACGGAGCUGUUGAAAACUUCAGACCUCAGGAAGUUCAGGAGAAAGUGACCUAUGCUGAGCCUCGAUCAGCUCCUCAUGACGCUCUCCAUGGAACCAGACCAGAGGAGAAAGGAGGUGAAGAGGAGGGGAAGAAAGUCCAUGUUGAGCAUGCAGAGGGAAGACCGUUUGUUGAGUCGGUUAUCAGUCAUCAGGUUGAGUCUGGACUCAGCAGCGAGCCGCCCUUUAAGGAUGGAGUUAGUUGUCAUCAGUUGGACACAUCAAACCUCACACCAUACAGCGUCCCAAUCAAAGAGGAGCCAGAUGAAGCAGCAGAGCAUCUGCAAGAGGAAACCUCCGAUUCUGAAACUCAAGCUGUGAUUGAACCAAACUUUGGAUCCAGAAGCAGCAGUCCAGUGUCUGAAUGUGAGCCUGAGGAAGGCGGAGAGGAAAACAGCUUGGAGGAGGACGCAGGCGAGGCGAAGCGAGGAAGAAGCUUGACAGAAGGAAACAAGGAGGCGGAUGUAGAGGAUAAGUUGUACCCUGACGGAGAAGAGAUGGACACAUGGGACAGUGUCAUAGAGAGGAAGGUUGAGCUGAAGGAUGAGGGAAUAAAAACAGAUGAAGAAGAACUACAGCAUGCUGAACCAGAGGAGGACAUAUCAGCACGAGAACAGGAGCAUGUGAAGAGGCAACACCAGAACAUCACAGCCUCUCCGAUGACGCACACUGAAGAUGAUCAUCAUUCUACAUUUGAUCAAGAUGCUCCGCUGUCUGACAAAGAAGACGAGGAUUCUCAAAAUGUCUCCGUGUCGUGGCGGACCGAGCUGGAGGGCGACAGCUACGCCCAGGAGAACACGCUCGCUGAUACCCGCCCCCUGAUCCGCUACAAGAGCGAUGAAACCGACGCCAACACUCAUGCGUCGCACAUCGAUGAGAGCGAGUCCAGCGAAGGUGAGCAGGAAAAGAAAGUGGGAGAGACAGGAAAUGGAACGUGGGGAGAAGGCAAGUCAAAGAGGUUUGGCACCAUGGAGGAUCUGUGUGAAGAAGUGGAAGGGGACGGGUUGGACGAGGACGAUGAUCUGGGAUACACCCAUACUGAGGACCGCUUUGUUGGCCUUGCUGUAACUGGGAGUGCUGCUCCAGAAAGUGCUGAAGACAGUUUCAGGGAUGUAGGAACGGAGGUGCAUACCAAAGCCAUCCCCCCAAAUGUGGACUACGAUGAGGAGUUAGAGACGGACAAACUUGUGGAAGAGGAAUUAGAAAAUCCCGCCACAUACAGAUACAGUGCUCACUUUGCAGAGCGGCAGAUCAGCAGGAUCGAGGAUGUGCUCCAUCCACAGAGCAGAUCUGUUGAGGAAAUAACCCGGCAAGAGGGGGCGGGGACAACUGAGACAGAGGACCCGACUUCCUGUGCAGAGCCUGAAGCGACAGAAACGUUUUCUGAGAACGUUUUCUUCAGUGGUUCAUCACUGGUGAUACCUCGGAGAGAAACAGACGAGCUGGUUCAGCAUGAAGAUCAAGAUGCUGCAGAGCAGACUGUGUGGAUGGGGACACACGCUGAUCCAACAGGGGAUCAAACUGGCCUCAGUGAGCUCCUCGAUAGGCCUGAUGUGGGAGAAAACUCAGAGUCUCUGGUGACAGCAGAUCAGGAAAAGCUGCAGGGUGUGGCUGCCUCCUCUGAGGAGGAAAAGGUUCUAUCUGUCGAAGCAGCCGCUGCAUCUCAAGAACAUCUACUCAAAGAUUUUCUUCACUCUGAGGGAUUUCCAGAUGUUCCUGACUCCUCUGAAUGGGACGUUCCAGAGAGGCAGUUUGUCAUACGACAUCAGAAUGAAGGUCAUGAAACAUGUGAUAACCUGUUGCCUGAAUCAGCUGAGAGUUUCCUUCCCGGUGACAAAGACUCCGAUGGGGGAGGUCUCCAGGAGCAGUCCCCUGAAGGUGUACCUGAUGAACACGAUCUCUUCAGGAUGAAGGAUUCUCAAGAGUUAUUGACCACUAACAGCAAAGACAAAGCCCCCCUUGGCUUCUUCAGCUCUGGUGUACAGAGUGACCUCUGGAUGUCCUCCUUGGAGACCGGUGCAACCAAUCAACCAGCUGAGGCCUGCAAUGAAGCAGCUGAGCAAACCAAUAAGAAUCAAGGAUAUGCUGACUCCUCGGCGUGGGGGAUUUUGGACGACCCGAAUGUGGUUAACAAGAACUCAAAGGUGGACAUUGAUUUUAAAGCUCUGGACACCAGAGACACAGAGCAGGAGCAGAUGUUCCCAGAGGCGAAGCAGCUGACGUGUAGAAAUGAUGCUGAGGGAGACUUCGUCCAUUCAGAGGAGUCCGAGGCGGAUGGUGAAUCCUGGUCAUCUGAGAGCGAGGAAGCAGUUUAAAGAGCAAUGAGACGAUUUGUUGAACUAGCUUUAGUUAGAUUCACUCAGUACGUUUACAUGCCGUUAAAAAAAGUGGAAUGAUUGUGUAACUCAAACAGGAUGAACCUGGUGAUUAACUCCCCAACAUGUGGAGAAGUGAAGCCGGGGAUUCCUUAAAUUUACUGACAUUUAGGAUUGAAAACAACAUACAGGCGCUGUACGACAUCCACCUUGUAGGUCAUUUAGCAUUUAGCAUUUAGCAGAUAUACUGUCAGCCAGAGGCGUGCUCAGUUCAUCAAACAUUUCACAUUAUUAACCGUUAACAAAGUUGUUAAUGCAGUUAAUCAGUUUAUUCUAACUUUAACCGGCAUUACGGUUUAAAGAGUGAUCGUGUUAACUGGUGGCCUUCAGCUAAAUGCUUCUGUGGUUGUCAUAGUAACAGAUUGGUAAUUUUGACAUUAAAAUAAAACACGACACAAAGGUUCUUCAUUAGGAAAUUUUCCGUCUUUAACAUCUGUUGUUACUACGACAACCACAGAGCCUUACCUAAUCCUAACUGCCCAUUUCCACAGAGUCCAGUCGCCGCAAUCUGUCAGCGCCAUGUACUGUGGCGCGGUUUGCUGCCACUCUACUCAAUACUCCUGUUUCCACAGCAGGCGCCACGGUCUGUCUUUGGAGCGUGCCCGCAGCGGCGCUACACUCCGACCCAUUUCAAAUAGUUUGCUGCAAGCAGACAGGAAGUUGGACAAGGACAUACAACAGAGUGUUCAGGUUUUUUCAAAAUAAAACACAACAUAUAGUUCUCCUGUGAUCUUGUGAACCUGUGAGUACAGCUGCUCAUGGCGGCGCUCAAACUCCAGAAACAGUCCCAGUGGGCCGUCUGACUGAAAGCAGCACGCACUGACUCUGUGGAAACUGGGAAGGACAGUAUUCCAGUUAAACGACCUAACUGAGGUUUAACUGUCACUCCACUUAUCUCUGCAUGUAAACAUACUGAGUGUUUGUAGAUUUUCUUUUUCUAUGAAAGCCAAAGUCGUGCCUUGGUGCACGCCAACGUGACACAAACCACCGAUGUGCCAAGUCUAAGUCCAGAUAUUCUGAGUGCUGGUCUCUUUCUGUUUUUGACUUUCUUUGAGGGUGCAUGCUCUGGGAGGAGGUUUUGCAUGUCUGCAUGAGGGGACAGCAUGAAGUCAAAGGGUUCAUUGAUCUGCUUCCAGUGACUGAUGGAAAUCAAAGAGAGCAGAAGGAUGGUCACCGACACACUGAUAGAGGGUCUCCUCUCACUGGAAAGACUCAUGUUGAAUGAAUGACUGUCUGUUAAAUGAAGAACUGUUGUGCAGGUUGGUGAUUGGUUGAUAUGCAACAUGAAGGUUUCACUCCUCGUACU